AUGAUACAAGAGAAAUUUAGCGAGCCCACCAAAAGAAUAUAUGAAGAAUCCGACGUGGCUCUUUUCCGCUCUUCUCUUGCAUCACAGAAGUUGCACCAUGUGAUUUCAUUUCUCCUAGAGAAGGUCACAGCCGUUGAAGUCCCUCAGGGCCAACUUAAGUCCGCAAUCGUCACAAGAAACUCAAACUUGGAAUAUCCUGAUGUGGAAGACCAAAAAGGUGGCAAAGCUUACACACCAAAGGAUAACGUCGCAAAUCUUGUCGAAAUCAUUGAUAAUUUAGAUAAGCUUGUGGAUGAAACCCCUCCUUUGAAAGGGCCACGAAGAUUUGGUAACAUGGCAUGUAGAGACUGGCACACAAAAGUUGAUUCUCAGUCUCUAUCCUUGUUACGCAAGCUAAGUAAAGAUGAGAACUAUCUUAUUGAGCUCAAUCAUUAUUUGGUAAAUGCUUUCGGCUCAAAAAUGAGACUCGACUACGGUUCUGGCCAUGAAUUAUCUUUCAUAGCCUUCAUUGGGGGGCUUUUCGAGAAUGGAAUCCUUAACAAAGACACAACUGGUGAAGAUGUUCUUGCAGUUUUCAGUAGAUACUACGAUUUGGUACGUCGCUUGAUUCUAGACUACAGUCUUGAGCCUGCGGGAUCUCACGGAGUGUGGGGUCUCGAUGACCACUUCCAUUUUAUCUACGUUCUUGGGGCGGCAGAGUUCAACUUUCGUAGCGGGAAGAAUGUCAAAGAGUCGUUCCAGUAUGCACCACCAGUACUGCAAAUCUUAUCACCGCAUACAAUCAGCUCUUACAAGCUAUCCAACUUAUAUGUGAAUGCAAUAGCAUUCAUAUUCAAGCUCAAGCUGGGCCCAUUUCACGAGCACUCGCCCGUGCUUUACGAUAUACAUAAGUCUGUGACUCGCUGGAGUAAGGUUCAAUCAGGUCUUUUGAAGAUGUAUGAAGUCGAAGUUUUUGGUAAGUACCCCGUGGUGCAACAUUUUUGGUUUGGAAAGGGUUUAUAUCCAUGGGUGGAUGCAUCGACCACAAAAUCACUUCCAGUGAAAUCUGUAGAUGAACUCGAAAAAAGCGCAAGUAAGAAAGAUGGAAAAUUUCCUGGUAUGAUUAAUGGACUACAAGGCAUGAAGACAACAAGUAAUAAUAUUGCUAUGACAGGCGCCCCAUGGGCUAGAAAUCAGCCAGCUAGGGGCACACCAGCAGCUCGGGCUGUAGGAAACUUGGGCCGCAGUAGUUCUGAUAUUAAGGGAACUUUCAAAGGUAACAAUGGCUUUUGA